AUGGAAGGCAUAACUGAUCCAUUAGUGAAUCUCAUCAAGGCAAUCAAUCUGCACGUCCAGGAAGAUAUAGAGGGUUGCCAUCGCUACCUUGGUCUUGCGGCUCGAGACGAGGCAUUCUUCCGAGGGGUCAAGACAGAACAGCAGAUAUUCGAUAAACUAAGGUCCGUCGUGCUUAUGCAGGAGUUGUUGUUGAUGAUGGAGGAUAGGCUCUAUGACGGCGCAGAACACAGAGAGGAUGAGCUCGCCACAGGGCAUGUGGCUGAGCAUUCCCCAAGGUCUACUGAUGAUCCAGAUCCAAGCACUGCCUGCCUGGGGCUGCUUGUCAACCUCCUCCCACCUAGCACCGCCUCGUGGGCUCUACUGGGCGAAUGUCUCCACCAUACAGGAGCUCACGAUGACAGGAUUGCCGAAGUGCUGAUCAAGGCCGCGACAGGCGACCAAGGCCUGCAGGAGGAGAGCAACACAGGAACUAAGCCCUUACGGUUACUCGCUGUAUUACGCUAUACUGGUCUGCUUCUCAAGAAGAAGAAGUGGACUCAGGCUCAAGAGUUCCUUAUGGUUACCCACAGAGAAGCUAAGAAGGCCCUAUCAAUGGCUCUGGGAUUGGCUGACACAUCGCGACUACCUACCCUAUCAGGCGAGCCGACAAGUGGGCAUCCUAUGUUGCAUGCUGACUGCUGGGGUUUGAUGUCAUUGGUACUCCUACGUGAUGGGCAGCCGUGUGAAGACAGCACACAGCAAUCGCGUGAAUGCUUCGAUCUUUACAUGCUUAAUGAACCUGUGAACGUACAAGUACUGACAGAAGUGGGCUUUGCUUGGUUAUCGAGAGGCAUGCCAUCCCUUGCAGAGGUGGCAGCUUGCCGUGCUCUGGAACUUGAAGCUAGUGGCCCUGCACAUUGGCUCUACGGAUGCACCCUAUGUGAACAGAAAGAUGUGAGGCAAGGUCUAUUGGAACUGCAAACAGCUAUCGGCUUGCUAUGGGAUGAUGAGAUACAGCGAGCAGAGAUAGUGGCUGAUGCCGAGAAAUACCUACAGACUGAUGGAGCUUAUGACCCACCCAUGAUGGAAGCCAUUCAUGCGGCCAACAAGGUGGCACAGAAGAAGCAAGACUCGACCAUCUCAGCGACUGCUACAUACUGA